AUGGCAGGCCAACUUUCCCACUGCUCGACGCUAGUCUUACCGCCUUCUCCUCCGUUAACCCUCCUUACCGCCACCUUCUCCACUCCCGACUUUGAAUGCGAACUCCAACCUUCCCUCGUAUCAGCCGCUGAGCUUUCUUCCAGCGAGGUUUCGCUAUGCGAAUCUCAGCGGUCGCUCGAACAGAUCCUGGACAUUCGUGCGGAUGUCACACUGCCUGCAGAAGCAUCCAAGACCGGUACACUGUCGUCGCUCCUGCACUGCUCUGACCCUUUCCGUGCGCCUCUCUCCGUUUGCACACCGCUAUCCGACAUCCAGAGCAUUGACAACACGAUGCUCCGUCCUCCCCACAUUGCCUUCACGGUCCCAGUGCAGCAGGCAUCGCUAGAUAUGUCGAGAGGCAGGACGAUGCGGCGUCAAUCUCCCACGGACUCUUGCCCGCGUUCAGACUCUCGCACCGGUCCCAGCAGACAUGCAGGCAAAAGCAGUGCUGUCCUUGGGCUCUCCCCCGGAACCUUGAGCCCCUCAUGCACUACGCCGGACCCUCCACAGUCCCGCUACUCGCAUAGAUUACGUAGAAUGGCGCCUCCACCUCUGCGCUUCGUAUCCGUCACAAACCACCUCGCCAUCACGCUCACCCAGUCCCCCUCCCCUCCCCCUCUCGUUUGUGCUCCAGAUACUUUCGACGACGUGCCGCUCAAGACUUCGGGAGCGUGUUCACCAUCAGCAGCUCUGCCCAACGCGGUGUCUGGCAUCGCAGAGGGCAUGUUUCCUACACCUAUUUCUCUCGAGCAGCCGAGCAGCGCUGAAUAUCGCGAAGGCGCGUCACACGCCCACCAGCCAUCGCGGGCGCAACAUGUGGUGAUCCCCGGCGCUACACUCGCACUAGGACCAUCUGUCUUCGUGUAUCAAGAACAACCACCAAUAUACUCACGAAAUCUGCCGUCAUCGCGCGAACCCCCGUCCGUGCUCUUCAACGAGCAGCCCCACCUGCGUUCCAUGAUCGACUCGGUUUUGGAUUCGCCAGUCACUUCAAAUCUUGUACCUCCGCCGCUCCAGCGCGCCGCCUGGGCGGCGUUGCCUCCAGUAACGUACGAAGAUCCAGUGCGGGUGGAGAGUUCGCCUUUGCUCUCGCCGCUGGUGCUGGAUAUCCGUCAGGCCUUGGCCAUCGACAACUUCAUGGUCCGUGCGGACAGAUGCGCGGAGGCGGUAGCGCAGGCAGCUUUAUCACUAGGCUCAAGCAGCAUGCUCAGAGACCCAGAGGGAAUCACGAAGAUCUGCGACACUCUCCAAGCAGACCUCGAGUCUAUCCAGAAGGCUCUUGACGACACUCCCGAGCAGCUAGACGUCAUCAACGAUAAUGCGGAGCAUAAUUGGCAGCACAAACAUUGGCAGAUCGUCUCCUCUCUUGACCGGAACCUCGACCUUUUCUACCUGUUUGCCAACCAGAUCCGACAGCGACCUCCACGCAUCCAUCGGCUCGCAAGCCACGUCGACAAGCUGCAUGCGUACCAUCUCAAGUUCACCGAUCUGGAACGGAGGCUUACCCUCUCGCAUGAAAAGUUCCGCUUACUCGCCCUGCGAAGCCGGUACGUCCAGGAGCACAGUUCAGCGCGUGCACUAGCGGACAUGGAGCGAGCGCAUCGACGCGAGUUCCGUGAGGCGUGGCAGGCGGGGCGAGUGCGGCGGAAGGAAAUGCGGGACGAGAUCCGCCAUGUGCGGGGCGUCACACAAUAUAGAAGUGGACGUGCGAUAGCGGCUCACGAACCUGCGAUUCAUGGCGAGUCUGCUGAUGACCUCCACGGCUGCAUGCCGUGA